AUGGCGCACAUGUUAGAGGCGCGCAUGAUGUCGCGCAACCCAUCGGCCUCGAGCCUCACGUCCGCGUCGCGCGCGAGCCGUCGCAAGGCCAGCAUCAGCGGGCCGUCCACCAACGGCAGCACGGCGGCCAGCACGCCGCGCAGCCGGCGGCCGUCGCUUUCGCGAAACACGAGCAGCAGCAGCGGCUCUAAUCUGACGGCCAACUUCGGCUCGGCCUCGUUAGGCAGCAGCAAAAAUAGCAGACCUAAAAGCAACAACACCAUGUCGACGCCCAACCUCAUCGACCUAAAGACGAUCACGGCCGAGGAAGUAGAAUGGGAGGGCUACUUGUACAAGCAGCGCAAGAUCGUCAAGAGCUGGACGCCACGCUACAUCACGCUGCAGAAUCGGACUGUCUCGGUCUACAAGUCCAAGAACCAUGCGCUGGCGAAGGAGCGACAUCGUGGUCGUUGGGUUAUCAAGCAGAUUCUAAGCUCUCUUCCUUCCGCGGGCUUCGGCGGCUCCAAACUCAAGCCGGAAGAGCUGGGCUUCAGCUUCUUGGCUAGCAAUGGCAACUUGAUCCACUUUGUGGCCACCUCGGCGGUGGAGAAGGCCAUGUGGAUGCAAAUGAUGCAGCUUAGCUUGCACAACACCACCGCUCGAGAGGCUUCCCGGCUGCAACAUGGACGACCACGUGGUGACGUGCCGCCAACGCCUACGCCACGCUCUGCAGACGAGGUAGUGUCGCUCGAAUCGUCGAUUACGACGCAUCUUGCAGAGAAAUUCCUCGCUGAUCUCGUGCACCUUCUAAGCGGGACGUCACCUGAGAACGUCAUCGAGCGGUUGCCCUCAUUCCUCCGCCAACUGAGCAAGGACGUCGAGCUGUUGUUCGACAUGGAGACACGCGAGACUACUCAACCGUCGUGUGUAUUCAAGGGUAUCUACCAUGGACGUGAAGGCUUCGUGCACUUCGCAGCGCUGUAUGUGAGCAAGUAUUUACUGGCCACGGAUGUGAACGAGGAGGUCGCACACAAGGCAGACGAUGAUGACCAUCACGCGUUCGCAUACUCGGGACAUCGUCUUAUCAAUACGGUCUCUGGGUCCACCACGGAAGGCAAGUUCGGGUUGCAGAUUACAUUCACUCCUGCUCGACGUAUUUCUCGCAUCGUGUUGUCGUUCCGUCAACGCAGCUCGUCGACUUCCAGGACUCGUCGUGUGACGACCAACCCCAUGACUGUCGCAGAGCACCCGGCGUGUUUCCACCAGUACUGUCUUACCAAACGUUCGUUGGCCUUGUCGUUCUCGGACUUUGACGUGGUGGGUGUGCUGGGUCAAGGUGGCUUCGGCACGGUGGUGCUGGUACAGCGUCACUUGAUUCCGGACGAAUACUUUGCUAUCAAGAUCAUUGACAAGCAGUCUGGAGCCGAGAGUGCUCUAAAGGAGCGACGUAUCCUGUCGGGCGUGCGUCAUCCGUUCCUCACGUGCUUGCGCUUUGCCUUUCAGACACAAACCAAGUUGUAUCUCGGCAUGGAUUACUACAAAGGAGGAAACUUGUAUUUGCAUAUGCAUUCCUCGAAAAUGGACCCGAAUGUGUCGACCAGCAGUGGACGACGCUUCUCCGUGGAACGUGCUCGCUUCUACGCCGCGGAACUGGCGAUCGCGCUCUCGUACCUGCACGCGCAUGGUAUUAUCUACCGUGAUCUGAAACCAGACAACAUUAUGCUGGACAAGACGGGUAACAUUCGUCUUGUGGACUUUGGUAUUUCCAAGCAACUACGUCUGGAAGGAGAACCGGGAAGCCACAACUAUUCUCAAGCUGGAACACUUGCUGGCUCCCCUGCGUACAUUGCUCCUGAGCAACUACUUACGCAGAAACCCCAGUAUGGAAUGGAAGCGGAUUGGUGGAGCUACGGCAUCUUGUUGUACGAGAUGUUGACUGGUAGCACUCCGUUCUUCGACGCUAAUAUCUCCCAGAUGUACAAGAAGAUUCAGACUGCUGAUGUCAAGUACGAGAAGUACCCGCCGAUCGAUGACGAUGCCAUUGAUCUGAUGAAGAAACUGCUGGUUCGUGACCCUGCGGAACGUAUUGAUAUUGAUGCUGUUCGUGCGCACCCGUUCUUUGCUUCGAUCAAUUGGGAGAAAUUGGAGAUGAAGGAAGUCGAGCCGCCGUUUAUUCCACCGACGAAAGAGUUGAUGCAGAAUGUGCACGAGCAUUUUCGUAACAUGAAUGUGGACGAAACAAUUGGCGAGAACCCCAAGGCUGUCAAUGGACGGAAGGCUUCUACUGUCGCGAACGCCAACGACGAGUCCCACUUUGAUGAGUUUAGCUUUGCGUACGACACGACUCGUGAUACGUUCGAUGACUUGUCCAUGGCGGACGAAGGAUGGCUCGUGCGACAGUUGCAGGAAGGCGCAGCAAUGCGUGGCCGUCUGAACGCCAGCGACGCCGACCCUGAGGCCGAUGAAAUGGGCAGCGAAGACGAGAUCACGCACCCUAUUCUCCAUGGUCAAGACAGCAGCGAAAGCGACGAACCCGAAGUCGAAGUCACCAACAUUUAAGUGGACCGUGGUGUAUUCCUUGGAGAAAUGUUACCACCACGGCUUCUAGUGAAUUGGAACAAAAUUUGAGUGAACAAAAA